AUGUCGGAGCAAUUGUUGAAAGAAGCCAAGGAGGCAACUACAGCCAAGCAAUAUGAUGUUGCUGAAGCAAAAUACACUCAACUUAUCCAAGAUACAACCACAACAACCAACCCACCAGCUAAAGUAUUACAACAACAAGAAACAGCCAUAUUGGAAUUAGGUAAGAUUUAUGAAGCACAGCAAGAUGCCAACAAGCUCGCUGACUUGAUCACUCAUUCGCGACAAGUCCUUGGUAAUUUCGCCAAAUCAAAGACGGCCAAGAUUGUCAAAACCUUGAUUGAAAACUUUGAUAAGAUUGAAGAUUCAUUAGAUUUACAAAUUAAAGCUACCAGAGAAAGCAUUGAAUGGGCCGUCACCAGUAAAUUGUCAUUCUUGAGACAGUCGUUACAAUUGAAAUUGUCCGACUUGUUAUACCAAAAACACAACUAUCAAGAAGCGUUGAAGAACAUUACUGACUUGUUAAGAGAAUAUAAGAAAUUGGAUGACAAAUCGUCCUUGGUUGAGGUUCAAUUGUUGGAGUCAAAGAUCUAUCAUGCCUUGAGAAACAUUCCUAAGUCAAGAGCAGCCUUGACCAGUGCCAGAACUUCAGCCAAUUCCAUCUAUUGCCCUACUAUUUUACAAGCUGAAUUAGAUUGCCAAAGUGGUAUUUUGAAUGCUGAAGAUAAGGACUACAAAACUGCAUUUUCAUACUUUUAUGAAAGUUUCGAAGGAUUCAAUUCUCAAGAAGACCCAAGAUCAAUUGUGGUGUUGAAAUACAUGUUGUUGACCAAGAUUAUGUUGAAUUUGGUUGAUGAUGUUAACAAUAUCUUGAACAACAAGAACGUGAUCAAAUACAAAUCCCGUGAUAUUGAUGCCAUGAAGGCAAUUGCACUUGCUUAUUCCAACAGAUCUUUGAAAGAGUUUGAAACUUCAUUAUUGACCUAUACAGACGAAUUGAAACUGGACCCAAUUAUUAAAAACCAUUUCAAUGCAUUGUAUGACAACUUGUUGGAACAAAACUUGUUGAAGAUUAUUGAAUCAUACAGUUGUGUUGAAUUAUCACAUAUCUCCAAGACCAUUGGCUUGAACUUGCAACAAGUUGAAGGAAAGUUAUCUCAAAUGAUUUUGGAUAAGGUUUUCUAUGGGGUAUUGGAUCAAGGAAAUGGAUGGUUGAUUGUGUAUGAUGAACCUAGAAAAGAUGCCAGUUAUGAAGCAUCCUUGGAUUUGAUUAAGAACUUAUCCAGCGUAGUUGAUUUAUUAUACGAAAAGGCAUCGUCAUUAAACUAG